AUGGACUCAAAUUAUAGAACCAGUGGAGUUCUCCGGAGCACAGAAAUCACAUACAGGCCAGACAAACUCAGGGACAUGCCAAAGACAUGGGACUCGGCUGAGUCGUUUUGGUUCUGUGAAGGGCUAGACGAUGAUAGCGCGCAUCGAGCGAUCCGGUGCUCAUACAUGGCAGUCAUGGCCGAAAGUACCCGCCAAUUUGAACUGGAUAUCCUAUCCGAAAACAAGCUUUUCAAAUUGGAAAGGGAUUGA